AUGCUGUUCUUAGAAAUGCCUCUAUUCUUGGCGAUACUCGCCAUCACCUCCAUCUUCUAUUGCCUAGCCAUCGCCAUCUACAGGCUCUUCUUCAGCCCUCUAGCGAAGUUCCCAGGCCCGAAGCUGGCCGGUGUCACAGGAUGGUAUGAAGGAUACUACGACAUCUUCAUCAAUGGCGGAGAGGGCGGCCAGUUUGCGCGGCACAUCGAAAAGCUUCAUCAGCAAUACGGUCCUAUUGUGCGCAUAACCCCUUCUGAAUUACACAUAAACGACCCAACAUUUCUCUCCAAUGUGUACGGACCCAGCACAAGGUCAAAGCCAUUGGACAAGUCCGAAAAGUAUAGACAUCGAUUCGGUAUCCCAGAUGCAGUGUUUAGCACACCGCUGGCCGAGCAGCACCAGCAGAGGCGAGCCGCUCUGAACCCCUUCUUCUCCAAACAGCGCAUUCGAGGCCUGCACGCUGGUUUGACAGAAAUCAUUGAGCGUAUCUCAUUUCGCUUUGCAACCGAAUAUGCCGGUACCGGAAAGGUUGUAAACUUCAAUGAUGUGUGGUCUAGUAUGACAAUGGACACAGUUACAGGAUUAGCAUUUGGCCGCUCGACAAGCUGUACUGCAGCAGCCGACUUCGAAUCACCACUGGCGCUAGGUGUGCAGGCUCUCGCAUGGUACGGGCAUUGGAAUGCACAUUUCAAGAUCAUAAACGAUGUUAUGAACGCAAUCCCAACUUCGGUUAUGCUCUUGCUUAUGCCACACGUAAAGCCCAUUGUAGAAUUUACAACGAGUAUUCGCAAUCAGGUUGCAGCUAUUGUAGACGGUAGGGAUGUUAAAGAGUUGGACGUCAACCAUCCAACUAUAUUCCACGAUAUCCUCAGCUCUUCUCUGCCCGAAUCCGAUAAAUCAGUGGGCCGGUUGACCCAAGAAGCGUCAAGCGUGGUUGGAGCAGGAAUGGAAACUACCAAAUGGGCCCUCACAGUUGGCAGCUUUCACUUGCUGGAUAACUCCGCUGUGCUUGCAAAACUCAAAGCUGAGCUUUCUGAAGCUAUGCCCGAUCCGAGUGUCAUUCUUCCUUACAGUGAUCUUGAAAAACUCCCCUAUCUAGGUGCCGUUAUCCACGAAUCUCUCCGCAUGUCAUAUGGCCAGGUCCAGAGCCUGCCUCGAGUAAACCGUCUGCAUCCGUUACAUUUCAAUGAAUGGGUAAUCCCGGCAGGUGUCACUGUUUGUAUGGAUGCAUACUCUAUUCACACGAACGAAACUGUGUUUCCAAACGCACUAAGCUUCCAGCCCGAGCGGUGGCUCAACAAUCCGACCGGACCUGGAGGGCGUCCACUUUCACAUUACCUUUUUUCCUUUGGAAAGGGAUCAAGAGGGUGUCUAGGUAAAGAACUUGCGUACAUGGAGCUGUAUGUUGCGAUAGCGACGCUUUUCCGCAGAUUCGAAAUUGAAUUGUAUGAGACAACGAGGGAGGAUGUGGAUUUUGUACUGGACAUGGUGGUGCCGAUGCCACGCCGUGAGAGCAAGGGCGUGAGAGCCGUCAUUAAGUCCACCACAUAG